AUGUCAUUUACAAAUGCAGAUAAUAUACAAAAACGGCAACAGCAAGCUUUAAAUAAAAUUCAUGCAGGUGUGCAUGUUAGACUACGAUCGAAAAGGUCAACUGAUCUGCCGUUAGAUGAAUAUCACGAAAAUAAAGAUCAUAACAAAACCAUCGGUAUUCAAACGACAACAGUUAUUCCAAAAUUCGACAAGCAAAUAUUGUGUCCUUUGGCGAAUUUGAAUGAGAAUAGUCGACAAUAUCGUUCCACGUCUUCCUCCUCCGAAACUUUAGUAUCGAAUAAAUACUCGACUCGGUCGGAUGAUACUUCAGCUUCUGAUCAUCGAUCGAAUCAAAACAAUAAUGCAAAGAAUAUUGAUGCACACCGAGUUCAAGAUAUGCUUUCGAGCAAGAAACUAGUAACGAACGAUAAUUUCCUGAACAAUCAAUAUCAAUCUGAACAAUCCAUGCUGCCGUCAGCCGUAUUGACGGGAAGAAAAAAAUUGUUCAACUAUCUACUAGAUUUUGUGUCUAAUUUUCGAUUAUCAUCAUCCAGACAUGAUCCAGUUUGUAAUUCAAUAAGUAAUAACCAUCAGGAUGAAAAAACGAAGCCUGUCCAAACGCUAAGAUCCCGCUGUCAAAGAUCUGCUGUACGAAGGUUGACUUCGAAUCACUUUUCUGAACAAGCUAUUUCAAAUCAAUCUUCACCGAUUGAAAAAGCAAAUAAUCCGAAUAAGAUACAGCAUCAUAAAGAAACUCACUCGUCUCGAAGACACGACCAAUCAUUUUCUCCAUUCAUACCGAUUGAAGAUUGUUUUUCAAAGAAUGCACUCUCAUGUAUGCCGUAUAUGGUUGACUCAGUUUUGUGCCAACAGACGAACGUAGGCCACGAAUUUCUACCACGAACAAAAGAUUUGCAUAUUAAUAAUCAUGCCCUAGAAGAGGAUUCUAAUGUGAAUAUUUCUACUGAAAAACAAAAUCUCGAGUCAAAAGCAACUCGACGGACGUCCGUAGUAUCAGUGGAUAAUCAAUCAGUAUCGACAGAUGAUAGUUCAAAUGAUACACAUCGAUCUGUUCGAGGACAAAACGAAAUUGUUCAAAUCGAUCGAUGUUUUCCAUUUGAGUUUGCUGUUCGCCUAAUAACUUUAAGAAUUUCAUCACGUGCUUCAUCAAUUUCUUCCGGUGUGUAUUGA